AUGUUAUACAGAAGUUAUAACACUGCUGAAGAUAGAAAUGGAGUGAGUAGCACAAGCCCUCCUGGAAGUGUUCUGCAGAGUAGACUUCCCCAAAAAGUAUUGAGUGACAGAGGGAUCCAGUUUACCUCAGAACUGAUGCAAAAGGUGUGUAGACUCAUUAGCACUAGGCAACUCUUUACCACCCCAUACAACCCCAAAUGUAACGGACUUUGUGAGAGAAUGAAUGGAGACUUAAAGAGCAUGCUGAAGAAGAUGUACCAGGAGAGACCACAUGAUUGGGACAGGUAUCUGCAGACAGUGUUAUUUGCUUACCAAGAAGUCCCACAAGCAAGUACAGGAUUUUUACCCUUUGAGUGGAUGUACAGAAGGCAGCACGUGGUUCGAUGCAAAUAUUGA